UGUAUAAUAGCCACCUUCAUAUCUCCACUCUAUAUAUACCCACUUCUAUUCUUUUUCUCCACACAAUUAACCAAAAGCAUCUCUCUGUUUCUCUCUCACUUGUUCUGAACAACAGUGCAAAACCAGCCAUGCCUGAGGCACCAAAAAAUACAUUGAUCAAACCUGUGGAUUAUAAUCUUGUAGAGAAGAACAAGAAACUCCUUGAGUAUAUUGAAGAUGUUACUUCAAACGCUGAUGAGGUUCAAAAGAAGGUUUUGGAAGAAAUCCUCACUUGCAAUGCUCAUGUUGAGUAUUUGCAAAGGCAUGGCUUUAAUGGCUAUACUGACCGUGAAACUUUCAAGAAAACCUUGCCUGUAAUCACUUAUGAGGAUAUCCAAACUGAUAUUAACCGUAUUGCCAAUGGUGAUACCUCUCCGAUCCUUUGUUCUAAGCCCAUUUCAGAAUUCUUGACAAGUUCAGGGACAUCAGGAGGAGAAAGAAAGCUGAUGCCAACUAUUGAAGAGGAAUUAGGGAGAAGGUCAUUGCUUUAUAGCCUAUUGAUGCCUGUUAUGAACCAAUUUGUUCCUGGCCUUGAAAAAGGGAAAGGAAUGUACUUUUUGUUCAUAAAAUCUGAGGCCAAAACCCCUGGUGGUCUUGUUGCAAGACCAGUUCUCACUAGCUAUUACAAAAGCUCCCAUUUUAAAGAUAGGCCUUAUGACCCUUACACUAACUACACUAGCCCAAAUGAAACAAUUCUUUGCCCAGAUUCUUACCAAUCAAUGUAUUCCCAAAUGCUCUGUGGCCUUUGCCAAAGAAAUGAAGUCCUCCGGGUCGGAGCUGUUUUUGCCUCUGGCUUCAUUCGGGCAAUUCGGUUUCUUGAAAAACAUUGGCAACUUCUUUGUGAUGAUAUUAGGACAGGAACAAUUAACCCCCAAAUCACUGAUCUUUCAGUUCGCGAAGCAGUUAUGAAAAUCCUUAAACCAGAUCCAAAACUAGCUGAUUUUCUUGAAACCGAGUGCAGAAAAGAUUCUUGGCAAGGGAUUAUAACAAGGAUUUGGCCUAAUACAAAGUAUGUGGAUGUUAUUGUGACUGGUACUAUGUCCCAAUAUAUUCCUACUCUUGAUUACUAUAGCAAUGGCUUGCCUUUGGUUUGCACUAUGUAUGCUUCCUCUGAAUGCUACUUUGGUGUCAAUCUCAAGCCUAUUUGCAAACCAAGUGAAGUUUCUUAUACCCUUAUUCCUACAAUGGCCUAUUUUGAGUUCUUGCCUGUCCAAAGAAACAAUGGAGUCACCAAUUCUAUUUCCAUGCCCAAAUCACUCAAUGAGAAGGAGCAGCAAGAAUUGGUUGAUCUUGUGGAUGUCAAGCUUGGUCAAGAAUAUGAGCUUGUUGUCACUACUUAUGCUGGACUUUAUCGCUACAGAGUAGGUGAUGUGCUAAGGGUGGCUGGGUUCAAAAACAAGGCACCACAAUUCAACUUUAUAUGCAGGAAAAAUGUGGUUUUGAGUAUUGAUUCAGAUAAAACUGACGAGGUUGAGCUACAAAAUGCAGUAAAAAAUGCUGUAAACCAUUUAGUACCAUUUGAUGCAACUUUAGCUGAAUAUACUAGCUAUGCAGAUACAACCAGCAUUCCAGGGCAUUAUGUGCUAUUUUGGGAACUAAGCCUAAAUGGGUCAACCCCAAUUCCUCCAUCAAUUUUUGAAGACUGUUGCUUGACCAUUGAAGAGUCACUUAAUAGUGUUUAUCGCCAAGGGCGUGUGUCUGAUAAGUCGAUUGGGCCGCUUGAGAUCAAGAUUGUUGAGCCAGGAACUUUUGACAAGUUAAUGGACUAUGCCAUUAGCUUAGGUGCAUCUAUAAAUCAAUACAAGACACCAAGAUGUGUGAAAUUUGCACCUAUUGUGGAGCUUUUGAACUCAAGGGUUGUGUCAAGUUAUCUGAGCCCCAAGUGUCCAAAAUGGAUUCCUGGCCAUAAGCAAUGGGGCAACAAAAAUUGAAAAAAUCAAUGAAAUUAUAUAAUGACUGAUUAUCAAGUUGAUGGAGGUUCACAACAAUGUUUCUGUGACCAUUUCAGGGAAAUGUUAAAGACUCUUUUUUAGGUUAACCCAUGUUUAAUUUAAUGUUUUCUUUUUCCUUUUUUUUUUAAUUUAAAUUUACUACUUUCAUGAAUUUUUUAGCCUAUGUUUAAUAUGCUUAGAUACUUGAAUUAGCAAUGUACAAAACAGUUGCUGUUCCAAGGAAAGUUUCUUCCUUUU